AUGACUGGUCACGUUUCAAAAACGAGCCACGUACCCAAAGGUCGCCCGUCUUCAUUGGCCAAGAAGGCAGCUAAAAGGGCCAUGGCCAAAGUAAAUUCGAAUCCAAAAAGGGCGUCGGGGCAUUUGGAGCGUGUUGUACAAUCUGUGAACGACGCUACCAAAAGAUUAUCUCAGCCCGACUCUACCGUAAGUGUUGCUACAAAAUCAUCAAAGAGAAAAUCCAGAGACACGGUGGGUCCUUGGAAACUUGGCAAAACAUUGGGGAAGGGAUCUUCUGGUAGGGUUCGCUUGGCUAAAAAUAUGGAAACAGGACAAUUAGCUGCCAUUAAAAUUGUCCCCAAGAAGAAAGCCUUUGUUCAUUGUUCUAAUAAUGGAACUGUUCCUAAUUCUUACUCUUCUUCCAUGGUCACUUCCAAUGUAUCUUCUCCAUCAAUAGCAUCUAGAGAACAUAGUAACCAUUCUCAAACGAACCCAUAUGGCAUAGAGAGAGAAAUAGUAAUCAUGAAAUUGAUAUCUCACACAAACGUUAUGGCAUUGUUUGAAGUUUGGGAGAACAAAUCAGAGCUGUACCUAGUUUUGGAAUAUGUUGAUGGUGGCGAAUUAUUCGAUUAUCUGGUCUCGAAGGGAAAGCUACCUGAAAGGGAGGCUAUCCAUUACUUCAAGCAGAUAGUUGAAGGUGUUUCCUAUUGUCAUUCUUUUAAUAUAUGCCAUCGUGAUCUGAAGCCUGAAAAUUUAUUAUUAGAUAAAAAGAAUAGGAGAAUCAAAAUUGCUGAUUUCGGCAUGGCAGCAUUAGAGCUUCCUAAUAAACUUUUAAAAACUUCAUGUGGCUCUCCACACUAUGCGUCUCCUGAAAUUGUUAUGGGUAGACCAUAUCAUGGCGGUCCUAGCGAUGUCUGGUCCUGCGGUAUCGUUUUAUUUGCAUUACUCACCGGUCAUUUACCAUUUAAUGAUGACAACAUCAAAAAGCUGUUGUUGAAAGUUCAAUCGGGCAAAUAUCAAAUGCCCUCAAAUUUAUCUUCUGAGGCUCGUGAUUUGAUAUCAAAAAUAUUGGUAAUUGAUCCAGAAAAAAGAAUUACCACUCAAGAGAUAUUGAAGCAUCCUCUGAUCAAAAAAUAUGAUGAUCUCCCAGUUAAUAAAGUGCUGAGGAAAAUGAGAAAGGAUAACAUGGCGAGGGGAAAAUCUAACUCGGAUUUGCAUUUGCUAAAUAAUGUCUCGCCCUCUAUUGUAACUUUACAUUCAAAAGGGGAAAUUGAUGAAUCCAUCUUGAGGAGUUUGCAAAUUUUGUGGCAUGGAGUUUCUCGUGAACUAAUCACUGCCAAGUUGCUUCAAAAGCCAAUGUCGGAGGAAAAACUAUUCUACUCACUGUUAUUACAAUAUAAACAACGUCACUCAAUAUCAUUGUCCUCGUCAAGCGAAAACAAGAAAUCAGCAACAGAAAGUAGCGUAAAUGAACCUAGGAUUGAAUACGCAUCCAAAACUGCCAAUAAUACAGGCCUAAGGAGCGAGAACAAUGAUGUGAAGACUUUACAUUCUCUAGAAAUUCAUUCAGAAGAUACUUCAACAGUGAAUCAGAACAACGCAAUUACAGGGGUUAAUACAGAAAUUAAUGCCCCUGUAUUGGCACAAAAAUCGCAAUUUAGUAUCAAUACGCUCAGUCAACCUGAAAGUGAUAAGGCUGAAGCAGAAGCUGUAACAUUACCACCCGCUAUUCCCAUAUUCAAUGCUUCUUCAUCAAGGAUUUUCCGUAACUCAUACACCUCUAUUUCAUCACGUUCGAGAAGAUCGCUACGCUUAUCGAAUUCCAGAUUAUCAUUGUCCGCUUCAACUUCUAGAGAAACUGUGCAUGAUAAUGAGAUGCCUCUACCUCAACUGCCGAAGUCGCCUUCAAGAUAUUCAUUGUCAAGAAGGGCAAUCCACGCCUCCCCAUCUACUAAAUCAAUACAUAAAUCACUUUCGAGGAAGAAUAUAGCUGCAACUGUUGCCGCUAGAAGAACACUACAAAACUCGGCUUCAAAGAGAUCCUUAUACUCAUUACAGUCAAUUUCAAAACGUUCCUUGAACCUGAAUGAUUUAUUAGUCUUUGACGAUCCUCUCCCUAGUAAGAAACCAGCAUCCGAAAAUGUGAAUAAAUCAGAACCCCAUUCGUUGGAAUCAGACUCUGAUUUUGAGAUCUUAUGCGAUCAGAUCUUAUUUGGAAACGCCUUAGAUAGGAUACUCGAAGAGGAAGAGGACAAUGAAAAAGAACGCGACACCCAAAGACAGAGGCAAAACGAUACAAAAUCUUCGGCAGACACUUUUACGAUCUCUGGGGUGUCUACAAAUAAGGAAAAUGAGGGCCCGGAGUAUCCAACCAAAAUUGAGAAAAAUCAAUUCAAUAUGUCAUAUAAACCAUCUGAGAAUAUGUCAGGGCUCUCUUCAUUUCCUAUCUUUGAAAAAGAAAACACGUUAAGCUCAAGUUAUUUGGAAGAACAGAAGCCAAAGAGAGCGGCCCUUUCAGAUAUCACGAACUCAUUCAAUAAAAUGAAUAAACAGGAAGGUAUGAGGAUAGAAAAAAAGAUUCAAAGAGAACAACUUCAAAAAAAAAAUGACCGCCCGUCACCACUCAAACCUAUUCAGCACCAAGAACUUCGUGUAAAUUCUUUGCCUAAUGAUCAAGGUAAACCGUCCUUAUCUCUAGAUCCCCGCCGUAACAUCUCCCAGCCAGUGAAUUCAAAAGUGGAAUCACUAUUGCAGGGACUGAAAUUCAAAAAGGAGCCAGCCUCUCACUGGACCCAUGAGAGAGGUUCCUUGUUCAUGAGUGAACAUGUGGAAGACGAAAAACCAGUCAAAGCCUCAGAUGUUUCAAUCGAAAGUUCAUAUGUACCUUUAACAACAGUAGCAACAUCUUCGAGAGAUCCCAGUGUUUUAGCAGAAUCUAGUACAAUUCAAAAACCAAUGCUGUCUUUACCUUCUAGUUUUUUGAACACAUCUAUGACGUUCAAAAAUCUUAGCCAGAUACUCGCUGAUGACGGUGAUGAUAAGCAUCUAAGUGUGCCACAGAACCAAUCUAGAAGUGUAGCCAUGUCACACCCUUUGCGAAAACAAUCUGCCAAAAUAUCUCUAACUCCACGGUCUAAUUUGAACGCCAAUUUAUCCGUUAAACGUAAUCAGGGCUCACCUGGCUCCUAUUUGAGUAAUGAUCUGGAUGGAAUCUCUGAUAUGACAUUUGCGAUGGAAAUACCAACAAACACCUUUACCGCUCAGGCGAUUCAACUGAUGAACAACGACACGGACAAUAAUAAAAUCAAUACUUCGCCCAAAGCAUCUUCUUUUACAAAAGAAAAAGUAAUCAAAUCGGCAGCCUAUAUCUCGAAGGAAAAAGAACCAGAUAAUAGCGAUACUAAUUAUAUUCCAGAUUAUACUAUACCAAACACAUAUGAUGAAAAAGCCAUUAAUAUUUUUGAAGAUGCGCCCUCCGAUGAGGGUUCAUUAAAUACAUCUUCUUCAGAAAGCGAUUCACGAGCAAGUGUGCAUAGGAAAGCGGUAUCUAUUGACACUAUGGCGACAACAAACGUUCUUACUCCCGCGACAAAUGUUAGAGUAAGUCUUUAUUGGAAUAAUAACAGUUCUGGUAUACCCAGAGAGACUACUGAAGAGAUACUUUCUAAACUUAGAUUGUCACCAGAAAAUCCUUCUAAUACACAUAUGCAAAAGAGGUUUUCUUCCACGCGUGGUAGUCGUGAUAGUAAUGCAUUAGGCAUUUCUCAAAGUUUACAGUCAAUGUUCAAAGAUUUGGAGGAAGAUCAAGAUGGGCAUACUUCUCAAGCUGAUAUUCUUGAAUCAAGUAUGAGCUAUUCAAAGCGAAGACCAUCUGAGGAAAGCGUUAAUCCAAAACAACGAGUGACAAUGCUUUUCGAUGAGGAGGAGGAAGAAUCUAAAAAAGUAGGUGGGGGAAAAAUUAAAGAAGAGCAUACCAAGCUAGACAAUAAAAUAUCCGAGGAAUCUUCUCAACUUGUGUUGCCGGUGGUUGAAAAAAAGGAAAAUGCAAAUAAUACAGAAAAUAACUACUCUAAAAUACCAAAACCCUCAACGAUUAAAGUUACGAAGGAUACCGCUAUGGAAUCAAAUACACAAACCCAUACAAAAAAGCCAAUUCUAAAAAGUGUCCAAAAUGUUGAAGUUGAAGAAGCGCCUUCCAGUGAUAAAAAGAAUUGGUUCGUCAAACUAUUUCAAAACUUUUCUUCUCAUAAUAAUGCUACUAAGGCAUCCAAGAAUCAUGUAACGAAUAUAUCAUUUGAUGAUGCGCAUAUGCUAACAUUAAAUGAAUUCAACAAGAAUAGUAUCGACUAUCAAUUAAAGAACCUAGAUCACAAAUUUGGGAGAAAGGUGGUGGAAUACGAUUGUAAAUUUGUAAAAGGCAACUUCAAAUUCAAAAUCAAGAUUACUAGCACACCCAAUGCAUCUACGGUAAUUACUGUAAAAAAAAGAAGCAAACAUUCAAACACAAGUUCCAAUAAAGCCUUUGAAAAGUUUAAUGAUGAUGUGGAGAGAGUAAUUCGAAAUGCCGGACGUUCAUAA